UCAACAGAUUCAGGAGAGGAACACACAAACUCGACAAAAAUGUAUCAAGCUCUAAAUUUAGGGCUUCUUCUCAUUGCUGUCUGCUCAUUAUCUGAAUGCAUUAAGCACCAGUAUUACUAUAUAAACAUGAGGAUGAACUGGACUGAAGCUCAGAGAUACUGCAGAGAGAACUACACAGAUCUGGCCACAGUCCACAACAUGAAUGACAUGAAGGAGCUAAAUAAGACUGUGAAUAACAGACAAAACGUCUGGAUUGGACUGAGUCAAACAACACAUACAUGGAAGUGGUCUCUGGGUGACCCUGUGAACUAUACGAACUGGGAAAAUGGACAACCAAAUUCCCACCCAAAAUGUGCUUUUAUGAGAAAUGGAAGAUGGCAAUCUGAGAUCUGUAAUGAGAAGUUGAGUUUUAUCUGCUACAAUGGCAGCAGUAAAGGAUACGUCAUUGAAAACUCUAAUAAAACAUGGAGAGACGCUCAGAGUUUCUGCAGACAGCAUCAUACUGAUCUGACCAGUGUGAGGAGCCAGACUGAGAAUGAAAACAUCGUGAAGAUCAUUAAUAAUAACGAGACUUCUGUCUGGAUUGGUCUGUUCAGUGACCUGUGGGAGUGGUCAGAUAACAGUAACGUUGGCUUCAGAUACUGGAAGUCUGUUGAACCAAAUGGUGGUUCUGACGCACAAUGUACAGAGGUCCAAAUGGAAAAACAGGGAGAAUGGAAUGAUGCUGGUUGUCAUCACUCUAUUACAUUUGUGUGUCAUGAAGAUCAGCUGAUAUUGAUCAAAGAGAGUCGGACUUGGUCUGAAGCUCUGAAAUACUGCAGAGAGAAUCAUAUGGACUUGGUUUCAGUUCAUUCAGACAAGAUUGAGAAAAGGCUGAACACAGUGGUUCAACACGCUUCUACUGCAGAGGUUUGGCUGGGGUUACGUCACUCCUGCACUGUGGGCAUUUGGUUCUGGGUAAGCGGAGAGAUUGUGUGCUAUGAGAAAUGGGCUGAAGGGAAUGAAACGGCAGUGGAGAACUGUGAAACUGUGAUGAGAUCUGGUGCGGUUCAGUCUGGAGGAGAUCAUCGCUGGAUCAGCCUUCCUGAAACUGAGAGAUGCAACUUCAUCUGCAGCAGAUAUGAUUGA